AUUACUCCCUCUUAUCAGUUGUUUUCUCCCAUGAGUCAUACUUCCACUUUUUUUACCUUGCCUUAAACCCUAGCCAUUUCCAGUUUAAAGUUGAAGAAGAUCUUCAUCUAAUGUCUCAGUCUCAUCGCAUGAGAAAGCCGACAUUGUCGUCCGAGCGUGUCCCUGACGAAGUAGUAUUCGACAUCCUAACUCAUCUGCCAGUGAAACCUAUCAUCCGAUUCAGGUAUGAUGGUAUUGUCACUCAUGGACUUGUUUAUAAUUCUCAAAACAAUGACUUCAAGAUUCUCAGAAUUGUGUUUGAUGGAGAGGUUUCUGGAUAUAAAGUGCCGCUACCACUUGAGGCUGGGGUGUACACUUGGAGUACUGAUUCAUGGAAAUAUAUUGACAUAUAUAUGGAGUCAUUGAGUGGGUCUGGACUCAAUGCUUCUAUUGUUGAUAUACAAGAGAAACCCUUUAUAUUUGUCAAUGGAGCUCUGCACUCUAUGAUAUAUACUAGGGGCCACAAUUUCAUUUUGUGCUUUGAUGUCAAUGAUGAGACAUUCCAAGCGAUAAUGCUGCCCGAAAAUUACUUAGAUGGGUUAUCUCCAGAUUUUGAUCAAUUUGAACAACUUGUGGUGUUCAAGGGAUCGUUGGCUUUAGUUGCUUUUGGUAGAGAUUUAUAUGAAGAGCAUGAUUUAUGUUUCAUAUGGGUGAUGACGGAAUAUGGCGUGUUUGAUUCUUGGUCUAAAAAAACUGUAGCAGUAGAUUUGGUUGAGAGGUUCUUUGGCUGCACCAGAAGGGGUGAACUUCUAAUUGAAACACUUGGCACCGGGCUUGUUUCAUUUGACCCUGAUAGUCUAGAUCAAAACAAUCUUGAAAUUCAACGUUCUCCUAUUUGGUUAGGUUACUCUACUGAUUUUAUGGAGAGCUUGGUUUUACUUGAUGGUGUAAACCUCUCAUCUGAGAGCUUGGUAUUACUUGAUGGGGUAAAUGUCUCAUCUGAUGUCUCAUCUGAAUACGAAGAUUAGUCUUGUUAAAUUUUCUAAUGAAGUAGCAAUCUUUUUUGAAGGUCAUAUUGACAAGUAUUUUGUAGUUUCAUGUAUGCAAUUUGAGUAUUAAAUGUUACUCCUCUUAUUAUGUUGUGCAGAUCCUCAAAGAUGGUCUUUUCAUGGUGUUGUAUACAUGUUUAGCCAACAUAAUCUUAUCUCAUUUUUAUGCCCCAGUGACAGCAUGUAUAAUUUGGUGACCUUAGUUUCCUAGGCUUUAGUCCAAAGAAACAUGGUUCAAUAUCUGA